AUGGAGUCAACCAAGUUGUUUUUCGUAGCUUUAGUACUGUUAUUCACUAUAAGUUUUUCAUCUUCGGCUACUUACGAAUCGCUUUCCGAUGCUGAUAAACACAGCAUCGGAACAAAUGGACUCCGUGCAUUUCAGCACGAAAACGAACAAGUCCUAACAAAGAGGAAGUCAAGCCGGUUUCUUGCCCAAAAACCGCGACCUACAUUGAGCUGCGACAAGUAUCCUAGGGUGUGUUCAAACAAAGGGAGCCUUGGCCCGGAUUGCUGCAACAAACAAUGCGUUAAUGUGAUGAAUGACAAGGUAAAUUGUGGAUUGUGUGGUAAGAAAUGCAAGUAUCAAGAGAUUUGUUGCAAAGGGAUGUGUGUGAACCCAUCAUUUGAUAGUAGAAACUGUGGCAAGUGCAACAAUAGAUGCAAGAAAGGAAGCUCUUGCCAAUUUGGGAUGUGUAGCUAUGCCUAG